UGAACCCAAUGUGUCCGGGCGGACCGCGCCAGCUAGUCUCAAUCUUUCAUUAGUUUACCAUCAACUUCCAAAGUGAGAGCACACAUUUUCAGAGUAAUUAAAUAUAGUUAAAAGUGAUGGUUUGCUUAUUACGAGGUUCAUAGCAGUCCAGUGAUUUAAAGUAUGGCUAUGGCCCUACAGUCCCUUGUGUCCCUAAAUAGCCCCUUGGACGGAUCCGAUGUCCCUAAUAUAGUUGUGGAAUGGCUUGAAUUUCUUCAGCUCGGUCAAUAUAGUCAUGGAUUCAUCGACAAUGGCUAUGACGAUCUCGAGACAGUAAAAAAGAUAGGGCCGGCCGAUCUCGAUGCGAUCGGUGUCCUUUCAGCUCACCAUCGAGCUUUUUUGCUCGACGCUGUCAGAGUUUUAAAAGAACAGGGAGCUGCCUGGGUGUACCUGCUGCUUGGAUCUGCUGGUCAGAGUGAGGGAGGAUAUACAGGAGAGGAUAGAGUCUCUGCUAGCUCAGGGAUAGCAUCAGGAACAUCUAGCCAACCAUGGAUGGAAGAUCAGGAACUAUCCGCGUCGUCUUGUGAAUGCGACACAUCCUCAGCUAGUCGCAGAUCCCGUCGUAGUUCUCUUAAAUCCCGUCGACGAGUCAAUAACACAGUGUCGAAAAAUAACAAUAAUAAUAUAGGAAGUACGAAAGCUGAAUGCUACCAAGGCCAAAGUCCAAGUUCUCCGUUGGGGGGCAGUGGCCCCCCUGGUUCCCCUGUGGGCAGAGGUCCCCCUGGAUCCCCUGGAUCCUCUAGGGGCAGCCGAGGGUCACCAGGAACUGAAACAACUGACUGUCCAAGUGAUAUAUCUGUGAUAACUUCAAUUAGCGCUGUCCCUGCCAGCUGUGGUCGUCUAGACAAUCAUCAUCAUACUGUUAGUCCUUCAUCCAGUACAGUUUCCAAAGAUGAUUAUACGGGAAGAGUAAACUACUCCCGAAGUGAUGAGGAUCUAAUUCAACGACUACCCGACGGGGAUGGGCGGCUCCACGAAGGGCGGAGAUCAAUGAGAUCAAUGGGUCGGAUUUCAAUCCCUCCGAAUACCCUGAGAAAUCUUGUACUGGAGAGGUUGCGUGAAGAACGAAUAAGUUUAUCCAGUCAUCCCUAUACACAACCGUCCGGAGACUCGAGUGGUCAUCUUGCCUCGCUGGCGGCUUGCCUAGCAGACGACCUCAGAACCACCUUCCAAGACGUCUUGAGUCAGCUAGAGGACCUUCGUCUGGCGGAGUGGUCAGAUCAGGCCCCUCCGCCCCCCAGCAAUCCUCUACAUGCUCCUAAACACCAGCAGGGCGGAGGUUUAAAUCUUCAGCAUAAUUACCAGAAUUAUCCACCGACUGGGAGAUCGUAUUCAGACAGUGAACCCAUUUAUCAACCAGGGGCUUAUGCGCCGAGCAGUUGUAUGGCAGACCGUGAAAACGACGACAUUUAUGACUUCGCGGCAAAAUAUAGAACUCAAAUGAGAACUCAGCAGGCAAAGAUGCUGAUGACACCUCAAGGGUGGCUGCAAAUGGCAAAGAAGAUCAUUUCUAAAUCUAAAAGAGAUGGCGACAGUUCCACGUGCUACAGACAAAAUGGCGGAUCUAAAGAUGGCGGACAGCGACAAAUCCGCCAAAAUAAUUUUCCCGCCAGAAACUUUAAUGGAAGUGAAAAUGACCUAAGUUUACAUUAUAACAGUGUUCCAAGAGGGUAUUCCGGACAAUUUACCGACGGAGGAUAUUCAGGUCGGGGUCACAAAUAUGCCGAUCAUGAUGGAAUUCGGUAUGCACCGGACGGACGACGAUCACCGGAGGUACAAAUGUAUAAAACACGAGUUAUCUAUCAUUCAAGACAAGAUUGCUCGGAUCAUUCCUCCGUCUAAACUUGAUAUAAAAAAUUUAUAUUUUAGUAAAAUAGAGAAAUGUUAGUCAAUUUCAUUCCUGUUUAAAAUAUGCCUAGUUUUAAACCAAUUCUCGGAAUUUUUAAACUUGAGAUUAUCAAAGCUUUAACUUUGAAAUUAAAAAGUUUUAAAAAGGCAGAAUAUUAAAAAUUACCGUGUUCAUCAUAUUGAUGAACAAACUUUUUUGCAACUUUUAACCUAGGAUAAAACUUUUACCCGAAGUUCCCAGAUUUUAAUAAAUCCGCCUUUUUACAAAUAUAUAAAAAAAAUUAUAAAAGUUGCAAAAAUUGUUCUUAUAAAUAAUAUUAAAAUUAUAUCAUUGUUAAUUUGGCUGUGUUCUUAAAAUAAAUUUACUCAUUGAAAAAAACGUUUAAAUUGUUGUAAAUUAGAAUUUCUAGUCGGGACUGUUGCGUUUCAGCCUUUCAGGCCCGAAAAAGUAGAACUGUUAUAUUUUGCCGUGAUUUUGCGCGCACGACAAAUUGAAGAGGAAAAAAUAACACUAACUAACUAACUAACUGACGACUGAAAAUGCUACUUUUUAAAAGUCGACUUUUAAAAAAAAUUAACAAUAACAAAAUUCUGAAAACAAUUUUCAAUUCGUCGUAGGACAGACAAAGUCAUAUUUUACUGCAAGUUAAUUGUUGACAUUUAAUAAUAAUAAAGUGUUAACCUGCGCAAAGGAUGAUACUAAAAUAACGACCUAAAAAUCCUUAAUUUUCUCAUCCUGAAAAAUAACAGAAAAUCGUUUCGUGAUAACAAAAUAAAUAUGGAUAUAUAAUAUCAUAAACUCA